AUGGCGGCGGCGGGGGGCGCGGCGAGCCGAAGGGGCCCCGGGCGGCCCUGCCCUUUCUCCAUCGAGCACAUUCUCUCCAGCCUGCCCGAGCGCGUGCCCGGCGCGGGCGGCCCGGGCCCGCAGCGGCGCACGCGGCGCCACCGCACCAUCUUCAGCGAGGAGCAGCUGCAGGCACUGGAGGCGCUCUUCGUGCAGAACCAGUACCCCGACGUGGGCACGCGCGAGCGCCUGGCCGGCCGCAUCCGCCUGCGCGAGGAGCGCGUGGAGGUCUGGUUCAAGAACCGCCGGGCCAAGUGGCGACACCAGAAGCGCGUGUCAGCGUCUGCAAGGUUCCUGCCGGGAGCCAAGAAGCCCCCCAAGGAGAGGUGCUGAUGGCUCUGGAAGCUACUCCUCAGCGUGGCCGCGUCCUUUGGCGCUGGCUCAGAGAGUGGACAGACCAACUUGAAAAGGAGCUGAGAGAGGACACCAGCCUCUUCCCGUCUGCACAGCUUCCUGUAUCUUGGAGCUACUGCUCAACGCAGGAGCCCCUCU